CGGCCGUAGAUCACAGGGACGCCGUCGCAUCAAAACCAUGCACGACGUCGCGCUCUUCCUGCUGGCCGCCGCUUCGCUCGUCGUGUCAGGUGCCCAAGACACUGCCGAAAAUGUGACCGUGAACGGAGACGACAUCAUCGACGGGCUGCUGCGCCAGUUUCGGGAAAACCGGGACAUUCAGAGCAAAAUCGAUCCACUCGUGAUCAGACAGCGACUGAACCUCGACGACGGCAAAGGAUACGUGGAGAACGUCGUCGUGUACGGCCUUCCGUCGCUCCGACGGUACGGGACCGUCAACGUGACGCUCCACGGCUCUCACUUGGCCACCGCUCGGGGCCGUCUAGGGGCCGAAAACAUUCGUAUGUCCGGGAGGUACCAGUACAAAGUGAACCGAUUCUUCAGACUGAACGGCGACCUUGGCGCCACACUGAGUCGAAUCCUCGCCGACAUAACCAUCGAGGUGGACGUGGAGUCCAAGAGGGCAACUCUGAAAGACUUUAAGAUUGUCGACAUGGGAGACCUGAAGGUGACGAAGUUUACCGGAGCAUCGUUUGCAUUCAACUGGCUGGGCAAGGCGAUACUGAACAAGGUCCUCCAGAGCAAAAACUCCUACAUGUCCGACCAUCUGGAGGCACGCGCCGCAGAAGCACUCAAUAAGCUAUUACAGAGGAGAGCGAUUUCUGUUUAACUGCUUAGUUGACAAGUUUCCCAUCCGUUCACGAGACGCUGGAUAUAUAAAGUAUCAAC